CACCAUCACGAGAUCACGACAAUGCUGCAGGCUCAUUCGGACCCUCGCCUCUGGGAUGGUCCUACCAGUCGCGAGGCACAGCCGGCGUGGCUCAAAAACAUCCAGGCCGAGCGCGAGACUGUGCUGCGCAAGAUCAACUACACUGGCGGUGUUUUCGAUGUGAUCCCGUGGACGCAGACGUCCUGGAUGCAGCCGCAGAUGCACCCUUACGACCGGAGCUUCUACGACCCUACCUCCGGCGAGUACACGGUAGGGCGGUACCUCGCCGAUCUCCGCGCUCGGUACGGCGGCAUCGACAGCCUCCUUCUCUGGCCCACCUACACCAACAUCGGCAUCGACGACCGCAAUCAGUUCGACUAUUUCCGCACGAUGCCGGGCGGGCUCGAGGGCGUCCGUCGCGUCACAGCCGAGCUGCACGCCGAGGGCGUGAAGGUGAUGUGGCCGUACAACCCUUGGGACACCGGCACGCGGCGCGAGGGCAGCAGCGACCAGGUCGCGCUGGCGGCGCUGCUCAAGCAGACGGGCGGCGACGGCUUCAACGGUGACACAAUGGGCUCCGUCGGGCUGGCGUUUUGGAACGCGUCUCUCGCGGUCCACCACCCGCUCGGUCUCGAGCCGGAGGGCGGAGGCACCGACGAGGCGCUCAAUUGGGCGACGAUGGGGUGGGGCUACUGGAGGUACCCGGCCGUGCCGGCGGUGAACCGGUUCAAGUUUCUGACUCGCGGCCGCUUCAUGGCGCACGUGUGCGAUCGCUGGGCAAAGGACCGCACGGACAACCUCCAGGCAAUCUCGAGCACGUGGAACGGCAUCACCCCGCGCGACGCCGAGGCGAUCCGGCGGGUGGCGCACAUGCAGCGCUUCUUCGGCGCCGACGCUGGCGGCGGCCUGCUGCUGUCGGCAGGGUGGGAGCCGCACACGCCUGAGGCGGUGCAGCCUGCCGUCUUUGCGCAGUACACCGACGAGAUCGCCGACGAGCACACGCGCUCGGUGCUGCUGCGCGGCGGCUCAAACUACCGGCCGGACGGGUCGCACUGGUACUUUCCGAACCGCGGCGGGCCAGGCAGCGGCCCUCCGUGCACCACGCACAACAAGUACUUCCUUUUUGGCGAGUCGUACGAGCGCGCCGGCACUGUUGGUUUCCGAUGCGUCUACGACCGCCCUGCCCCCGCCACCCCGCCGCUCGGGCCCGACCGUGCCGCCGGAAUCGGCGUCUAAACUGAGAGCCGCCGGCGCCGCGAGCGCCUCGGUCGCGUUGCGGUUUACACACCGCGACGAGCGGGUGGGGUGGGAGCACAACACUUGUCGUGCCAGCAGCGAGUGUGCUGUGAGGAGUAGUCUGCUGUCAGGAGUAGCGAGUAGGGGGUGGACAGCGUCCUAAAUCUAAAAUCUGAGGAUU